AUGACUCUGCGCACAAAGCUCGCAGCCUUCCACGCCCGCAUCCAUUCUCACCGCCACAACCACCAUCACCACUUCCACCUCCCCCACCUACGACACAAAUCCUCAAAGGACUCCAAAGACAAAGACAAAGAAAAACCAUCAUCAUCUCCCUCCCGAAAAUGCUCAAAGAAAUCAUCAUCAUCUCCAUCCCAUAAACCCUCAAACCGCGACUCCGUCUCGUCAACCAGUACAACCACCACCAGCAGUACCACCGUAACAGUACCAUCUCCAAUCCUAACCCUCGUCCUCCCAAUCCCCUCCCACCACGGUCACACAAUAGAAGCCAGAGUCUACCACCCAUCCGAAUUCCCACAAAACUACGGUCUUACUCCCUCCACCCCUCGAAAAGCAGCUGUAAUCGCUCAUCCUUACGCUUCUCUCGGCGGUACAUGGGAUGAUCCCGUAGUUCUAUCACUAGUCGCAUUGUUGACUAGAAAGGGAUGGGUAGUCGCCACCUUCAAUUUCUGCGGUGCAGGGAAUUCGAAGGGGAAGACUUCAUGGACCGGUGAUAGGGAACGGGAGGAGUAUGCUACUGUUACUGCUUUUUUGGUGAAGUAUGUGGAGUGUAUUGAUCCGCAUAUGUUUACUAUUGUCGGUACUCCUUCUACAACUACGGCUACAGCUGUAGCUAUGCCUACGAGUCCAGUGACAGAAACAACUCCGUUAAAAAAGCAACCUAUAAAAUUCCUUCUGGCAGGUUACUCCUACGGCUCCCUGAUAGCUUCACGAACUCCAUCCGCUUCCCACGUUUUAAAAACAGUGGAUAAGGAUAUUCUGGCCUAUGCCACACGGACGGCAUACGAAUGGGCGAGUACCGAGAAGCGCAGGAGUUUUGCCAUGGUUCGCGGUGCAGCACUCGGGAGGAGUGUGUGGGCCAAUAAUGACGACGACGAAGACUAUGAGGAAGAAGAAGGAGAACGCGGGGAAACAUCAAGAGAAGGUGGUGGGGUGGAUGAGAAGGUUAAUUAUAAUGUUCAAUUGGAGACUGAAUCCUCUUGGUUGCUGGUAUCGCCUUUAUUACCGCCUGUAUCGAUGUUUCUAAAUCUACCGAAUCCGAUGGCUUGGUUUCCGACGAAAAAGAAGAAACAACAGGAAGAAGAAGAGGAUGUUGAGGAUGAUUUUGAGGAUGAGAGGGAUGUUUUCGCGGUUUUUGGAACUGAUGAUAUGUUUACAGGAAUCGGGAGGUAUAGGAAUUGGGUUAAAGGGAAAGUGGAGAGAUCCAACGGAAGGUUUAGAGGGGUGGAAGUAGACGGAGCUGGCCAUUUUUGGAUGCAAGAGGAGGAGUGGAUGGUGAAGCUCAGAGAAGGGGUUUCGGGGUGGAUUGAUGAGAGGAGUGUGGUCAGUUCGGUUUGA